UAGCGCUGACAAGAAUGAAGAAACGCACAUAAAUUAUAAACUGAAUUUUGAAAUUAAUGUCUUCUGUCCUUUCUUCCCUUCCUUCCAUCUUCUCUCUGCCAUUUCUCUCUCCCCUUCUGGUGCUUCUCACACUCUCCUCACAUUCACGCUUCCCCACAACAUCAAGCUUCUCAAUUCACAUUUCACAGUACCAUCGCCUUCGUUCUUUUACAGACAACCCAUUUUGAUCUCUUACGCCACUCGUCACUGUCACUGUAUGUCUCCUCAUUAGCCCAGGAACUUGUUAUAUACAAAGCAGAGGUCUUGAUAGAGAUAACAAUGGAUACAUAAACAAGCAGCAAUGAGCUCAGUGUCUUUGACGGUCAAAUGAGUUGGGGUUGUUUGAUUUCCUUCUUUUGGGUUGUGAAUGGGUUGUGUGGUUUCUCACUUAGCGGCGAAACUAGCCUUCUUUCCGCCGUCUCCGCCCACUUACCAACUCAAGAAGGGGGCCGACGGGAAGCUUAUGGUGGUUUCGCCGCCGUCACCGUCGCCUUCCAUGCUGAUGCCGAUUCCUUACGCGGAUGAUCCUUCCUUGGAUGUUCUGUUCGUGGGCACUAAGUUUGGAAACAAGAUUGUGGCUUUUUACCUCAGAAAUCCUUACGCUCGCCUCACUCUGCUUUACUCUCACGGCAAUGCUGCUGACCUGGGUCAACUCUACGACCUCUUCGUGCAGCUCAAGGUCAACCUUAAAGUUAACAUCAUUGGAUAUGACUACUCUGGAUAUGGGGCCUCUACAGGCAAGCCCAGUGAAUCCAACACAUAUGCUGAUAUAGAAGCAAUAUAUGAAUGCCUUGAGACUCAAUAUGGAGUUAGCCAAGAAGACUUGAUCCUGUAUGGACAGUCAGUCGGAAGUGGGCCAACACUGCACUUGGCGUCUAAGUUGCCAAGGUUGAGAGGCGUUGUUCUGCACAGUGGCAUUCUUUCUGGUCUUCGUGUGCUCUGCCAUGUCAAGUUCACUGUUUGCUUUGACAUUUACAAGAACAUCAACAAAAUAAAGAAGGUGAAGUGCCCUGUACUCGUAAUACAUGGUACAGAGGAUGACGUUGUCAAUUUAUUUCACGGCAAUGGACUCUGGAAAAUGGCAAGAGAACCAUACGAGCCUUUGUGGAUCAAAGGAGGUGGGCACUGCAACUUGGAACUUUACCCUGAUUACAUACGCCAUCUCUGCAGAUUUAUCUUAGAGAUGGAGAACAUGACAACCCAAAAACGUCUCAAAAAGAUUCGUCAAAGUCUGACAGCACAAUCAAAGUCAAACACCAGUUCCACCUGCAGAUGCUGUGGAAUGAAAUGUUGGAGACCAAAGGAUCCGGAAUGCUUAAAAUGCAGCUGCACAAAAUGUUGCUGGACCCCCAGAUGUUGGAGACCUAACUUUUCCAGAUGUUGCUCGUUACCGAAAUCCAUGAAAUGCCUCAAACCACCUUGCUGCAGGACAAAAUGCUCAAGACCAAGCUGCCAUAUAAAUUGUUCGAUGCGCUGCUGCUGCAUUAAAUGUUUCUGUUGGCAAUGAUGGGUGAGAAAACACAGCGGAGGCAUAAAAGUGAAAAACAGGAUGCUUAAUGGUGGUGUUGACAAGCUUGUGUAUAUACACAUAACAAAGCCCUUGAAAUAUAGUGCAGUGAACGAAGGGGAAACCGAAGGAAGUAGCGGAUGGCAAAUUUAGGAAAUCUAUAAGAUCCAAAGUCCUCUGAGUUAUUCUGAAGCUUCAUCUUAAAGAUUUUACUAAACUGUUUAGGCACACGAUGAUGAAUAGCAUUUUGUCUUCCAUUUUGAAGCAUUUAUAAAUAAGGUGUCAAGAUUCUUCACCAUUUCAUCCACGUAGGAGCUGCAGGAAACGGACGAUAUAGUCUUUGGUGUAUAAAGCAUGGAUUCUGGGAUAAGAACAGGACAUGAGAGGACAAAUUUUGGAGCAGGCCAAGUCGUGUCUAGUACCCCCAAUGUCCGACAUAUGUGAUAUGUGGGACACUGACUUGAAAUGUCUCUGCUUUCCUGGGGAGAAAGCAGUGGUUAACAACAGAGUCAACAAAUAGAUGAGAAGCAAAAUCAUGUUCUAUAGUUCAAAAUCGAAAACAUUAGAUGGUUACACGUUAGAAAGUAAGGUUGAAGUGUAUCCAGCACUCCUAAAU